AGUUUUCAUUUGAUACCUUAAUUGUGUAAGGUUGUGUUACCUUAAAUUUCAACCACAGAACAUAAGGCCAUUUGGGGAGAGCAGAUCAGACUCUAAAUGGACCCAUGCAAGUAAUAGUAUGAGGUUUAUAGUGUGUCAUAAAGCUGCAGAAGCUACUAUGUGGUCUUGACAACCAGUAGCUUAAUGAGGGAGAGAAACUGUCCAGGUUGUGGGGCUUUUGUUUGAAAUUGUCCAAGAAAAGUUGAGGGUCACAUACACUGAGCCUCUGAAUAAAAGGUAGUGUGGUCUGGGCUCUGGAGAUAAAGGAUUAAAGUUUAAUUUUUUUAAAACUCCAGUAUAGUUAACAAUAAAGGGUUAAUGUUAUUUCAGAAAGUCUAAGGCUACCUUCCAGCCAGUUCUUGCCAAAGAGCCAGUUGCUCCCUGACUCAUGCAUUUGGCAGUAGAGGUCCUGUUUAAUGCUGUGAAAGUUCUGAGAGCUGGUUUUGAGAAAAUUUUAGAGCCUCGUCUGUGCUAAGGGUCUGUCUACUCUUAUUAAACUACUUGAUCCUGUUGAAGGCUUGAGGCUCUGUGUUCCUAGGCAGGAGGUUCUCCUAUCUGUAUCCAAAAUACUUGUAUUCAAUAGAACUCCCUGAAUUUUGUGAGUCUUAAAUUGGAGAAAAGUAGAAAAUGUCAGGUUGCUGUGCUGUAUAUUACUUUCAUACUUGAAAAAGAUAGGAAUCUAAAACAUUUAACUAUAUACUGUGUCCCAAAGGUCUAGUUGUUUAGGAUUAGUCAGUAAGCAAAACCAUUAACUUGCUCUGCGGGGCGUGCAUCCCAUUGCACUAGCAGUCGAUACACAUUCUCAACUCCCUUUAAAUUUUCAGUCCCGCAUAAGACAACAAGGGGGUUUACAGAUGAGAAUCUGCUCAGAAAAUUGCAAGUUUACUAGCUUACAACUGGGAAUUUGAUGUAGCAUGCAGUCAUCCAUCCCAAACUACAGUUGCCUGGACUGGUAAUAGCCUUCUUGGCCCCCCAACUGCCAUAGUUGGACCAUUCCAGUUCAUUCUUUAGCACCUGUGAUAAGCUUUUGAAAAGCAAAUUCAUUCUGACCCUUAGUUUCAAAGCCUUUGAUAGACUAAUUGCCAAACAUAAUAGUACAUCCACACUGUUGAGUACUACUUGGCAAUUAAAUGAUAAAAGCAACAAUGAAUGAGGGUGAAAUCUCAAAAACAUACUGAACAGAAGCUGGACACAAAAUAGCACAAUAAUACAUGGUUCUAUUUACAUUACACUAGUAUCUAGUGCCAACCAAUUAAUGUUAAUUUGGGACCAGCAAUGGGUGUGGGAAGGAUGCCUUAGGUGUUUACAGGGUGUCUGGGUGGCUCAGUUGUUAAGGCCUUUGCCUUCAGCUCAGGUCAUGAUCCCAGACCCUGAGAUCGGCCCCUCAUUGGGCUCCCUGCUCAGCAGGAAGCCUGCUUCUCCCUCUCCCACUCCCCCUACUUGUGUUCCCUCUCUUGCUGUCUCUGUCAAAUAAGUAAGAUCUAAAAAAAAAGGGGGGGGGUGUUUACAUAGAUCUAUGUUAAACUCUGAGCACACUUAAAACAGACUUAAAAAUUGUAUAUCAGUAGUCCCUUUAAAAAAGGCCUUUGGCUACCUAUUGGCCUCUGAGAGCCUUUGAGGCAUGAUAAGUAUUUGCCCGUUUUUACCCUGAACUUUUGCCACUCACCCUGGCUAUUCCUGCCUGUUACCUAGCUUUUUUCUACCUGUAGGCACUUGGUGUCUUUUGCUUGGAAUAUUCCUUUGCGUGGCUAGCUCUCCUCACCUUUGUGGCUUAGCCUAAAUAUUACUAAGAGGUAUUCCCUAUCCCAUUGGUUUUCUUCAAAGCACUGAUAGGCUAGAAUUUAUCUCUUGACUUCCCUUACUUACUGCCCAUUUUCCCUGAAAGUGAAGUAGCUUUUGUAGAACAGGAACUUGUCUGUCUUCACCCAUGGCCUUGACAGUAGGAUCAAUAAAUCGUAAUUGAAUGAAUUGAGAAGUGACUACCAAAUAGUGGUACGUAUGAAGUUAACAUGAAUUCAUGUGUCAAAUUCAGAUAGGAAAACUCCAUAUAAAAAUCAUGUAUAUAGUAAGUAAAUAGGUAUGUGAAAACUAGAUUUGAGAUGUAAAUGGUAAGAAAAAAUGUGGUUAAAUGACGAGUUGGAGUUAAGACAGAACCUGACUGGACACCUCUUAAGCUGUAAUGAUACUGCCUCCCUACUUCAUGGAAUCACAAAGAAAGUGAAAAUCUGAGAAACAUAAUUAUAAUUAUUAAUAAUGGCUAAAACCUUUGGAGCCUUUAUUAUGUGCCAGACUCAGAAUGACCUCAUUCAGUAACUGAAAACAACUCUUGAGUUGUUACUGUUCUUAGCCAUGGUUUGUAGAUGAGGAAGCAGUCUCAGACUGUUACUUGCUGGAAUUUAUAAGUAAAUGUUGGAGGCAAUAUUCAAAUCCAGGAUUUCUGACUCUUGAGUUCAUGCUCUUAUUCAGAACUGUUCUUUUGACUGGACUUUUUUGGUCAGUCUUUAUUUGGGUGAUAGUCUUAUUUGUGAGGUUGACAGACUUUAUGUGAACAUUGAAAAAAAUGGCAAAGGGACGCCUGGGUGGCUCAGUCGUUAAGCAUCUGCCUUCAGCUCAGGUCAUGAUCCCAGGGUCCUGGGAUCGAGUCCCGCAUCGGGCUCCCUGCUCCGCAGGGAGCCUGCUUCUCCCUCUGCCUCUCUCUCUCUCUCUCUCAUGAAUAAAUAAAAUCUUUAAAAAAAAAAGAAAAAAAUGGCAAGCAUUUUACCUAAAAGAUAGUUAUAUACCCAUUCCAUUUAAAAGUAAUAGAAAGUAAUAAUAGUAUAAGCAAUGAGAAUGUCUUAAGUAAAUUCAGCCCAGCCCUUCACACACAAGCUUUCCCCGACACCCAGCAGCUAGUUUUCAAAAGGUUUUCUGUUCUUGUGUCUUAAUGCUGAGACAGAGGCAACCUGUUUAAGAGCCUUAGCUUUGAAAGGGAACUUCACAAGAGCUCGCGGAGAGGGCUGGUACACGGAACAGUUAUUUCCCGUUUGACAGCAGCUACCUCAGUUUAUGCUCUAGUACAAUGGGAUUAUCAACCACUGCCAGUGACACCAGGUCUUUAACCAAAUAGUAUGGAUUCCUGAAUUUUGCUUUUUGAGUUUGUUUCUCACUAUGACCUCUCCCUUAGCAUCAGGCCAAAGGACAGCCCGACUGUCGGCGGCAUAUGACAACACCUACAUUUUGAAGAUGGAAAGGACGGGAGUGUUGCCCCUGAAGCGGGGAGAGGAGGGGAGAGGAGAUACCCUCACUGGAGUCCUGGUUAAAGGAACUAAACCGCUUAGAAUACAAACGGAAGCUAGUCUCAGCCAGGUGGCCGGCGGAGGGCCUAGAGUGGUCGCUGGCCGGAGUCCUGCUGGUUGUUCCCUGUAGCCCUCCCGGGCUGGAGUUGCAGCGACGCCUCGGGGCCGCUAGGUGGCAGCCGCGCGUUUCCAAAGCUGGCUCGCCUACCGGAGAGCCCCGCUGGGAGCCCGAGAACCGACCCGAGAGCUCUGGAGGAGGGUGAGGGGGAGAGAAGUCCUGGAGACCCCCCUCCCCCGCAGCGGCAAGGACGGAGACAUCAGAAGGGGUCUCAGAGUGCCAGCCGUCCGAGAGGGCAUCUGGGACACGCCACGGUCCUGCGUGGACUCACAGGGCGGGCGAAAGCGAACCCCCUUAAACGGAGCCGCCCCGGGGGCUGGGCCUGGCCCGCCCCCUCCCGGCUCCCCACUGAAGCGCUAGUGGGUGUGAGUGAGUGCUAGUAGCGAAUGUGGGUGAGUGAGGACGCUCCGCACCUAACUGCCUUCUUGGGGACCGCCGCCUUCCCAAUUCGGGCAGCAUUUGCGCCGCGGCGCGGGUCAUUGCGCCCGGGCGCACAGCUCCGACGGCUUCCAGCGCUCACCAGCUCCAGCCUCGCGGGCUCUGGCCCUUCGGAGCUGCGCGUCCCGUCUCCGAGAGUCUGAGCGCCUCCCUCUAACCCGGAGCCGCCAGGAGGAGGAGGAGGAGGAGGAGGAGGAGGAGGAGGAGGCGGUGGAGAGGCCGCGGCAGGCAGGCAGGCAAGCAGGCUGGGCCGCCUUUGAUGUGGGCGCGGCGCACCCAGCCGAGCUGAGCGCCCGUCCGGCCGCGCCCCGAGGGGGGAGCCCCCGGGCCCCGCAUCCUCAUUGUGCCGACUCGGGCCCGGGCCCGCCCCCGGCCCCCCGCCCCCUCGCCGCCCGCGCGUAGAAAACGCCCCGGCCGCCGCCAGUGGUGGGAGGCGGCGAUGCGCACGGCCGGAGAGACGCGGAGGAGGAGACAUGAGCCGGCGGGCGCCCAGACGGUGCGGUCGUGACGCGUUCCUGCUGCAGCCGCGCGCCCCGGCCCUGGAGCGCUGACCCCUGGCCCCGCACAGCCCCGCGCCCCGGCCGGAGAUCGCGCCCCAGCUUCCAGCCCCGUCGUGCAUGCUGCCUCCGGAGUGAACCGAGCAGCCAACCUCCCGCGGACGCCCGGACGGCCGGCCGGCCGGCCAGCAGUGAGCAAGCUUCCCCGCACCAGCCCGGCGCCUCCUGCACAGCGGCGGCCACCCGUAGCCCCCGCGCCAGCCCGGAGGGCGCAGCGCUCGGGAGGAGCCGCGCGGGGCGCUGAUGCCGCAGGGCGCGCCGCGGAGCGCCCCGGAGCAGCAGAGUCUGCAGCAGCAGCAGCCGGCGAGGAGGGAGCAGCAGCAGCGGCGGCGGCGGCGGCGGCGGCGGCGGAGGCGCCCGGUCCCGGCCGCGCGGAGCGGACAUGUGCAGGCUGGGCUAGGAGCCGCCGCCUCCCCCCCGCCCAGCGAUGUAUUCAGCGCCCUCCGCCUGCACUUGCCUGUGUUUACACUUCCUGCUGCUGUGCUUCCAGGUACAGCCCAGCUCCUAGUGGAGACAGACACCUUCGGUAGUCAAGUCCGGAUCAAGGGCAAGGAGACGGAAUUCUACCUGUGUAUGAACCGGAAAGGCAAGCUCGUGGGGAAGCCCGAUGGCACCAGCAAGGAGUGUGUGUUCAUUGAGAAGGUCCUGGAGAACAACUACACAGCCCUGAUGUCCGCCAAGUACUCUGGCUGGUACGUGGGCUUCACCAAGAAGGGGCGGCCGCGGAAGGGUCCCAAGACCCGGGAGAACCAGCAGGACGUGCACUUCAUGAAGCGCUACCCCAAGGGACAGGCAGAGCUGCAGAAACCCUUCAAGUACACCACGGUGACCAAGAGGUCCCGGCGGAUCCGCCCCACGCACCCCGGCUAGGCUGGCCCCACCGCAGCCCCCCAGGCUGCCCCCAGGCCCACACUCACACUCACAGAGAACUGCAUCAGAGGAAUAUUUUUACAUGAAAAAUUAGGGAGAAGCUCUAUUUUUGUACAUUGUGUUUAAAAGAAGACAAAAACCGAACCAAAACUCUUGGGGUGGGGGGAGCGAUAAGGAUUUUAUUGUUGACUUGAAACCCCCUGUCUCUGACAAAAGACUCACAAAAAGGGACUGUUGUCAGCGUACAAGUGCUUGUCUCUCUCUAGGAACGGACAACUCUAAUCUCGUCCCCAGAGGAGGAGUUGAAGGAGGAAAACGACGCUCUGAGAAACCAAAGUCCUUUUUCCCAAAGGUUCUGAAAGAAAGAAAAAAAAAAAAAAAAGAAAAGAAAAAAAGAAAAAAAAGAAAAAGAGAAAGUAGUACCCAUCCCCAGACUCCCCCUUUCCCAACCCCCUGUCCCUGCCCCAGACUCCAACAAAAAUCGCUCUCUGGUUUGCAGUCAUUUAUUUAUUGUCCACUGCAAGCUGUCCCGAGACACCGCGCAGGGAAGGCGUGCCCCUCGGAAUUCUCGGCGCCUCGACUUCCGACGACAGACGGCCUCGUCCAAUCAAGUGACCCUGCAUUGCUCGCAGUUCUGGAGGAUGCUGCUAUCGACCUUCCGUGACUCACGUGACCUAGUACACCAAUGAUAAGGGAAUAUUUUAAAACCAGCUAUAUUAUAUAUAUUAUAUAUAUAUAAGCUAUUUAUUUCACCUCUCUGUAUAUUGCAGUUUCAUGAACCAAGUAUUACUGCCUCAACAAUUAAAAACAAUCGACAAAUUAUUUAAAAAAAACAGGAGGUGAGUGGUGGUGGGGAGCGGGGCUCAGGCAGGCGGGCCCCUUUGUGUCUCAUUCUUGGUGGUGUGCGCUCUUGGCUCUGAGAGCUGGGGCCUCGCUCAUUCAUUCGUGCACGGAUUCGUGCCACCGCGCCUGCUCCGCGCGCUGCUCUAGGCACUGAGAACGCAGCUUUAGACCGAGGGAUCUUAGCUUCUGGACAUCCUUGCCCUCAGAGAGAUUACGUUCCCACGAGUCAUUGAUUGGAUGACCGAUUCAGGCACAUACGUUCACAAACCUUUGCUCGCCAUCUCCUGUGUUCUUCGGUGCACUGGGUAUUUAUCAAAAAACACACCAAAAACAUGCCAGCCUCCAGGGAACUUCACUUAGUCACCGAUUCAUUGCUUCGUUCAUUCAUUUACUGAUGGAACCCCUCAUUCAACAUAUAUUUAUUAAGCACUUCGCUGAGUGCCAGGCACUGUUUUAGGUACUGGGAAUUCAUCAAAGAACGAAACAUACCCCGAAUCAUGCUGCAUGGAGCUUACAGGCUCGGGAUUAUUGCUUGAGUCGUUUGUGGAGCCCGCAUCUGGGUUUUGCCGGGCACAGGCUGAGCAAGGCAGCCCUGGGCCCCCUUCUGUGUCUGGUGGUAGAGCAGUCAGAGGGCCCAGGUCGGGCCCAGGCUCUCAUGGGCGGGAGUGCAAGGAGUCUGUCCGCCUCUUUAACUUCCAGGGGCCCUUUCUCCUAGGUCUUCCCCAGGGCCUGGCCAGGAUGGAGGGGAGAGGCCGGCUUAGUCUU